AUGGCGUGGCGCAACCAAGGAAUCACGGGCUCUAACAACAUCCCGCUAGGCCGGCGACGCUUUGCGGGCGAUGUUCCUGCGGAAGAGGACAGUCGCACGGCGACUCCUUCCUCCAUGGGAACAGACGGCCCCAAGCGUGGCCGAAGCCCUGUUCGUGGUAAGUCUGACCCGAUACCCUGGAAAAUUAUCAUCUCUGACCGUGUGUUUUCUACAGCUGAACCUCCCGCCGACGGUGUCAAAAGGCGCAAGAAGCGCAACCGCUGGGGUGAUCAGCAGGAGAACAAGGCUGCUGGUCUGAUGGGCUUGCCCACCAUGAUCAUGGCCAACUUCACCAGCGAGCAGCUUGAGGCGUAUACCCUGCACCUGCGCAUCGAGGAGAUUAGCCAGAAGCUGCGGAUCAACGACGUGGUCCCGGCCGACGGUGAUAGGUCUCCUUCGCCACCGCCGCAAUACGAUAACUUUGGUAGGCGUGUGAACACGCGCGAAUACCGCUACCGCAAGCGACUGGAGGAUGAACGUCACAAGCUAGUCGAGAAGGCCAUGAAAACGAUUCCUAACUACCAUCCGCCAUCUGACUACAGACGUCCCACCAAGACCCAGGAGAAGGUCUAUGUCCCAGUGAAUGACUAUCCAGAGAUUAACUUCAUUGGCUUACUCAUAGGACCUCGUGGAAACACCUUGAAGAAAAUGGAGACCGAAUCCGGAGCCAAGAUUGCCAUCCGAGGCAAAGGCUCUGUCAAGGAGGGCAAAGGCCGCUCUGACGCCGCUCACGCUAGCAAUCAGGAAGAAGAUCUUCACUGUUUGAUCAUCGCUGACACAGAAGACAAGCUGGUGAAGGCACGCCAGUUGAUUCACAACGUUAUUGAAACAGUAAGUCCUGUUCCCUGCGGUGUUCCAUCUCUUUUACUAACACCCGCUAAGGCUGCAUCCAUCCCUGAGGGUCAAAAUGAGCUCAAACGCAACCAGCUGCGUGAACUGGCCGCUCUCAACGGUACUCUUCGUGACGAUGAGAACCAGGCUUGCCAGAAUUGUGGUCAAAUCGGGCACCGGAAGUACGACUGCCCCGAACAGCGCAACUUCACUGCAAACAUCAUCUGUCGUGUCUGCGGCAACGCUGGACACAUGGCCCGCGACUGUCCCGACCGCCAGAGAGGCAGCGACUGGCGCAACAACGGUGGCUAUGGUGGCCGCGACUCUCGUCCUGCCGUUGGCACUGGCGAUGCUGUCGAUCGCGAGAUGGAGCAACUCAUGAACGAAUUGUCUGGAGGUGCUCCUGGUGAGUACCCACCCCGUCGCAUUGAAGCCGGCCCGGGCCAGGGCUAUCCCGACGACCGCGGCGCGAAGCCCUGGGAGCGUGGCCCGCCACCGAGUGACGUUGCCCCCUGGCAACAGCGUGGACGGGAUCGCGGACGCGACGACUACGGGUCCCGCGACCAAGGCGGUGCUGCUCCAUGGGCUUCACAGGGCCGCGGUGGCGAUUAUGGAUAUGGUUCUCAAGGCUACGCCGCUCCUGGUACUGCCCCUGGCGCUGCCCCUUGGCAGCAACAAGCUCCCCCCCGCCUCCCGGUGGACCGGCUGGCUAUGGUUACGGUGGAUAUUCGUCUUACGCACCUCCCGGCACGGGCGCUCCCGGUGCUGCUCCUCCUGGUAUGGGUGCUCCGCCGCCACCUCCCGGUAUGGCUCAGAUGUACUACGGUGGUGCUGGCGACCCGCCGCCACCUCCUCCGCCUGGUGAUGGACCUCCGCCUCCUCCCCCGAGCGACCAGCCUCCUCCGCCUCCGCCCCCUGCGUGAAUGCAAAAUUGAAAAUUGA